AUGAGUUCUUCAAAUCAUCCCCAGGAGCUUCCUCGCUCCCAGGGCGUCUCUGAGUCAAUUGGCGACAAGGACGAUGUAUCCGAAGAUGCCUCCGGCGUUCGCUUCUCAUCCGCCGUCCAGGAGAUAUCACCUACCCAACCCGCCACCGUUGACCCGUCAUCGUCGAACCCAGAGCAUGAAGAGCACGACCAGUCAAGUCCUUUCACCGAAGUUACUGCCGAUCAACUUAAAGCUUUCACCAAGUCUCUUCACGGCCGGCCGUUACAAGAAUUGCGCUUGAACAACUGCCAAUUUGAAGCUUUCUCGCUCCCACCCUCCCGAGUCCCAUCGCAUGAGGAUGAAUCCGGACAGUCUACCAGAUUGCCCACACCCACCUCUGUCACCUUCCAAUCCCCGCAUACCAGCCCUCAGGUCUCUACGCUGGCUUCCCCUCCCCUAACUCCCGCGGGAUCCGGUCAGGCUAGUUCGGAUAAGAAGGGUAAGGAAGUGGCCAAGACGAAUGAACCCCCGGUUAUCACCCCACAGGCAUCGUCAUCUCAUGAAAAGGCUUCACCAGCUCCCGAUAGAAGACCUUCGGCUGCUCGUGCUGCUUCUGAUCAUGCGGUCCGUAGGGCUUCUUCCGCUGAAGAGCAGCACCAGUCCCAUCGUCGAGGCAUGUUUGGAGUUGGACCUGGUUCUGUGCCAGCUUCUAGAGAAUCUAGUCCGUCCCGAAGCUCCGCGUCAAACUUCUACUCUAAGCCAUUCACCCCUGGCGGUGAUAUCAACGAUCCCUACGCCAAGGGCCGACGACCUGCACCGGCGGCACAUACAACGAAACACACAAUCGACCCCAGGUUCAUAUUCUCACGUAAGAAGAAGCAUGGUUCUCCUCAUGGGUCCAAGUCAAAUCUGAACGAGAAGCGCGGGUCGUCGAUCUUUGGUAGUGCAAGGAACAGUAGUGAAGAGCUUGCACCGAAUGAUAGCAUCUCGACUGGCAACCUUCACCCCGGACACGGCUCAAUGGCAGAUUUAAAACGAUUUUUCCGCAAGAGCGGACAUCACAGUAAGAAGAGAGAGUCGUCACCAGCACCAUCAUCGAUCAAGCUCGGUAUGAAAGCUGCAGCUUCCAAAUCGACCCAGCAAUUGCCAUUUGGAGAUGACCAUGGGUUGUCUUCCAAGUACGGCAAGCUCGGCAAAUUUCUGGGUUCUGGCGCGGGUGGCUCGGUGAGACUGAUGAAGCGCAAGGACGACGGUACCGUAUUUGCAGUCAAGGAGUUCCGUGCAAGACACACAUACGAAACCGAAAAAGAGUACAACAAGAAAGUUACAGCCGAAUUUUGCGUUGGAUCGACCCUUCAUCAUGGCAAUAUUAUUGAGACGUUGGACAUUCUUCAAGAAAAGGGGCGUUGGUAUGAAGUGAUGGAAUAUGCGCCAUUUGACCUCUUUGCAAUCGUUAUGACCGGUCGGAUGUCCCGGGAAGAGAUAACGUGCUGCUUCCUGCAAAUCCUCAAUGGCGUGACUUAUCUGCAUAGCGUGGGCCUUGCCCACCGCGAUCUGAAGCUGGAUAAUGUGGUGGUGAGCUCCAAGGGUAUUAUGAAGAUCAUCGAUUUUGGCAGUGCUCACGUCUUCAAAUAUCCAUUUGAGACCGACACUGUGCCCGCAAAAGGGAUUGUUGGCUCUGACCCUUAUCUCGCACCCGAGGUUUACGACUCUAAGGAGUACGACGCGGUAGCUGUGGAUAUCUGGUCUUUGGCCAUCAUUUUCUGCUGCAUGACUCUUCGACGCUUCCCGUGGAAGGUCCCACGAAUGACAGAUAACUCCUUCAAGUUGUUCGCGGCGGAUCCAACUCCGGGACACGACCCCAGGAAGCUGAUUGUACCUUCAAAGUCAACGAAUGAUUUGACCACCACGCCAGCGCGAGACUUUUUGGCUGAGGAUGAGACCAGGAAACAUACUCAUCAUGAGCAAAAAGAAGAGGCAACCUCAAAAGAGGCUAGCUCGACCACCGACUCGAAGGACUCUAAGACCCAGCCGAGUGGUGAGAAGAAAGAAGUCAUCCGUGGCCCAUGGCGUAUUCUACGCCUGCUGCCUAGGGAAAGCAGACACAUCAUUAGCAGAAUGCUUGAUCUCAACCCCAAGACUCGUGCGCGAAUGGACGAGAUUCUUCAGGAGCCAUGGGUUGCAGAUACAGUCAUUUGCCAACAAUUUGACCACGGUGAGGUUGUCCCAGCUGACAAUCACACUCAUAUCUUGGAGCCGCCAGCCAAUUCGCAACAACCCGAGAAGAAGUGA